GGUCGCUCCGCCAUCUUUGUCGGCAGCCCAUUGUUUGCUCUGAAGCUAAUAGCGGUGUCUAAGCAGUUCACGUUUCCUAUUAAUUGAGUCGAUCGUGUCACGGACAGCUGCCCACGACGCUCGUGGAUUUGCUCACCAGGUCGCGACUUGUUUUCGGCCGGCGCGUGAGGCAGAAUGGACGACGAGCAGCCCAAAACCCUGUAUGUGGGGAAUCUAUCCCGAGACGUGACGGAGGCCCUCAUCUUGGAGCUGUUUAGCCAGAUUGGACCAUGUAAAAGCUGUAAAAUGAUCGUAGAUACAGCAGGUCAUGAUCCGUACUGCUUUGUGGAAUUUUAUGACCACAGACAUGCCACUGCCACUAUUGCAGCCAUGAAUGGUCGUAAAAUCCUGGGUAAGGAGGUGAAGGUUAACUGGGCCACAACGCCAACAAGCCAAAAGAAGGACACGAGCAGCCAUUUCCAUGUUUUUGUUGGAGAUCUAAGUCCUGAAAUCACCACAGAUGACAUAAAAGCAGCGUUUGCUCCAUUUGGCAAAAUAUCGGACUGUCGAGUGGUGAAAGACAUGGCCACAGGUAAAUCUAAAGGUUACGGCUUCGUUUCCUUCUUCAACAAAUGGGAUGCAGAGAAUGCCAUUCAGCAGAUGGGAGGCCAGUGGCUAGGAGGAAGGCAGAUCAGAACCAACUGGGCCACGAGGAAGCCUGCUCCUAAAACUACCAAUGAAACAGCCAGCAGCAAGCAGUUGUCUUUUGACGAGGUUCUGAACCAGUCCAGCCCCAGUAACUGCACAGUUUACUGCGGGGGUGUUACAACGGGCCUCUCGGAGCAAAUUAUGAGACAGACCUUUUCACCUUUUGGACAAAUAAUGGAGAUCCGUGUUUUCCCAGAGAAAGGCUACUCGUUUGUGAGGUUCAACUCCCACGAGGCAGCAGCUCAUGCUAUAGUUUCUGUGAACGGCACGUCAAUAGAAGGCAACGUGGUGAAAUGUUACUGGGGCAAAGAGACCACAGACCUGGUCCAGGGCCCCGUCCAGCCCGUCCAGAUGGCGCAGCAGAACACGCUGAGCUUCGCAGCGCAGCCGUACAAUCAGUGGGGUCAGUGGUACAGCAACACACAACAGAUGGGGCAGUAUGUCCCCAACGGAUGGCAGGUCCCCAACUACGGUGUGUAUGGACAGACCUGGGAUCAGCAGGGCUACAAUCACGUGCACGCCGGAGCCGGCUGGACGGGUGUGGGCGCCGUCAGCAACGGAGGCCUAGUGGAGCCCGGGCCGGGUGUCAACGGGACCUUGCUCACCAACCAGGCAGGCAUGAGCUCUACGGGCUACCACACCCACUGAUGGCCAUCGCCCGAGGCCACGAGGAGCGUCUUCUGCAGGGGAAGGAGCGCACGAGAUGUGCUCGCUGCGUCACAAAAUGACCCUGUUAGUGAACUGGACCAGCGUGGUCCCCAGCCACUGCCCCACCUGCAAGUCUAAUGAAAACGAGUCACCUUUAACACGUUACAGCUACCGCUGAUGCACCGUGCAUCACUGGGCCCAUUGUUACUGUCCGCAAACGUAAUUUAACAUGAGUCCUGAUAGUUCUAGCACCAGAACCGGUCCAAAAUGAAACUGGAGCCAAAAUUUUCUACAAUAUUCAAGAACCGUACGGGGCCGCAGGGCAGUCAUCUCUUAGUCCAUGGUAUCGGCACACCGCCACAACACAAAGCUUUUUAUCUUCUCUCAUGGAGCCUGGCCAUCUUACUGUUGUGCCCACUGGUUGCUAUGGUAACCUGAGUCCAAGGAGUUCCUCAGAGCAUUGUCCAGUAAGUGCGAAACAUUACACCAGGAGGUUGAGGGGAGAGUGGGUACAACUGGAGAUGUCGACGCCCCGUCAUGUGUCAGACUGAACGAAUGAACCGUAAGGUGUGUGUGUGUGUGUGCACGUGCGUGUGUGUGCAUGAACUGAAGCUUUUCCUCGCCUCCUCCCCUGCCUCCAGAAGGACUUGGCCAUUAUUCUUUUGUUUUUGCUUCAUGACAGAAAAACAUGUUUGUUUAUUUUUAAAAACGCUGACGUCGUAAAAUCAGCUUUUGCCUUUUGUUGAUUUCAGCUGUGAGGAAAAAACCGAUCCAUCAAAUCGCGAUGUUCGCUCGCCAACCGUUGUUUUUUAAAUGAGUAUAAACGAUGGCAGGGAUCUUUUCUUCCAGGCAGACAGAUGUUGCACAGAUUCAUGCUCGUCAUUUCACUCAGUCUGAAAUUCUAGAUUUUGUUUUUGCAUUCCACUCUGUGAUUUGGUGUAAAUAGCUGAAACGUUGUGUUGCUCUGAAUCUGUAUAAAGACGUUCAUUAAGAAAGACGAGUUUCUCCUGGUGCUUUGAAGCAGAGGAGGACGAGCACCAGCCUUCAUCAUUUCUUCUGUUUUAAUCAAACUGCUUGUUAGUCGUGUUGCCUUAGCAGGAGUUCAA